CAUCACGAUGACAGUUGAACAGUGGAAAAAUAAACCAUUUCAAAGAAGUAACGGGACCGGACCCCAGCGUUCCCUACGGGGCCCGUCUGCACCUACCAGUCACGGGGUGGCCUCCCCAUACCACGUGGUGGCUGCUGCACCCGUGGCCCCCCAGCCGCCCCCCGCGCAGACCAAACACAAGGACUCGGUGCUAGACAAGUUCAAGCUCUUCAACUCCAAGGACAAAGAUGCAAAUAGAACAAAAAUAGCGAGUCAAAAUAAACGGACAAGCUCCAGCAGCGGCUUCAGCUCUGCUCGGUCUGAGCGCUCUGACAGCUCAGCGUCUCUCUGCUCAGACAACAGACCUCCGCCUCCUCCUCCGCAUCACAGUGUCCCAGUGAGCACCCUGAGCAGCAGCAGCAGCAGCGAUCAGACUCACGUCUGUGCAGCAGCGCAGCAGCAGCAGCAACAACAGAGAAGCAUCAGAUCACGAUUUUCACGGGGCAGUAAAGAGAACAAAGAGUCGCCGCGGUCUAGCAGGCGCAGUGAAGAACGUGACCCUGGCAGAGGCUCUCCUCGUUCUGCCAACAGAAGAGAGCGAGAUAAGGACUCGAGAGAACGAGAGAAAGAUUCAAGAGAUGCCAGAAACACAUCUAAGUUAACACUUGACUUACAGAGUUCAUCGUCUUCCUUGAAAGAACAAUGCCUUGCACCUUUGCAGGAACAGCAAUCGAAAAUAACCAAAGUUGCAGCGCUUACGCCCGCCGCCAAACACCUUCAGCAGUCUUCCACUUCCUCCUGUCCUAGCGCUUCCAGUAUGGUCCAGUCUGGCAUUCCUCAGGCUGCUACUCCUGGAAGUCCUUUGGCUCCUGGAACUGGCAUACCAAAGCCUACUGCUGCUGUCAAAGGCACCGCAAAGACUACCCCGAGUAUCGCACAAACAUCCUCCAUUAAGGAGAAAAACACACGUGUCCCCGCCACUGGAGUCGCUCAAGCCAAGCCAAGAAACACAACUCAGAGUUCCGCCUCAGUCAACGAGGACAAAAUCAUGCAGAGUCAGAGCUUCGAUACCAAAGACAUGAAAGGCUCGCUUACACGGCAAAAACAAAUAGUUAGAGGGGAUAGUGUGAGUGUCGCAAUGGUGAGCCCAAUGCCUGCCCGAGAUAUAAUUCUUCCGAAUGUUAACGCUUCCAUGAACUCAAGUGCUUCCAAUGUCAACGGAAAUGGCCUCUGCUUUAAUAAUGGGAACCAAGUAACUGCCAGCGAAUCAGCGUCUACGUUAAGUGAGGCUUCACAAAACAGCUGUCAUUCAACAAACUCUAAUUCGUCUGGGUCAUCUGUAAUAUAUAGACCUACCAGCUCUGAGAAUGAUGAUUUCGACCUGAAGAUAAUAAAUAAACAUCGAGACGUAGAAAUUUUCGAGGGCGACGACGGGGACGACGCAGCGGUGCUAAGCAGCAUACAGCCCAUGCAGCCGCUGAUGCGCCCCACGCAGUACAUGCGCGGCAUCGCCAGCCUCCACAGCCAGAAUAAAAUGGGAAUGCAAGAGCCCAACAACACGGUUCCCCAGAAGGGGAUGCGUAUCUCCCUACAUCACCCCAGACGGGGACAAAUUGGGGGCUUGGAAUCCCCCCAGUCUCCCCAUCAGCAGCUGCCUCGCAUGCCGACACAUCACUCCCCACUAGUGGUUAUGAGACAGACUGCCAGAGGCGUAACUAACUACCCAGAGAUCGAGGGCUUCGAUGUUACCAAUGGCUACAUGUCGGACGGAGAUGUGUUGCGGCCACUACACGUUACAGGCGGCGCAGGCGAGGCGCCGGCGCCCUGCGACCUGGACGGCUACAUGAGCGAGGGCGGCGCGUCGCUCUACGCGCACAAAAUCAACCAGCGCUUCAAGGAGGGGAUACGACAAGUGCAGGAGAGCAUGAGCAAAGUCCAGCAGUACAUGCAUGACGACAGUUUUGACGACAGCAGCAGCCUGAGCUCAGGCGUGAGUGAUUCUCUGAACGAAGUUUGUGGGGGCGACGACCCCCUCGCCCCCCUAGCCCCCCUCACCCCUCUGCCUGACACCACCUACGCAAGGAACCGUGCAGGCAAAGAUGUCGGCCUGAAGCUCCCCGUAGGUCUGUCUGGAGGGUCUCGCAAGACGUCGCUGGGUCUAGAGUCUUCGCGCAUGUACAAAGUGGUCUCAUCCAAAGCCCAUGUGGUUAAGAAGACAGAAAGCGGACAGCAGACUGACUCUAGUGCCUUCAAGCAAAUCUCCAACACCCAGUGGAAAAAAUACGUCGACACCUCCAAGGAUUCGCAACGUGGGUGUUUGGAAUCCAGUGGUAGCAACCCUGGUCGUCGUUUGGAACAAAGGAAACCUGGAGUGCUGGGUUCACCCAGUAUUCCCAGCAACCCUGGAUUUGGGUUCAGUCCGAGUGUUUCUACCGCUCACAACGGGGUCGGUUUAGCUCAAGCAGCAACCAAAAAAUCUGAGCGCCAAAAAAUUCCCGUCGACCGAAGAGAAGCAGAAAAAUCAUUGAGGUCAACAGUAUCACCGCAAACUAACGGCGACAAUCGCAAAUUACAAAACCCGAAAACCGCCCCCAGCAAUUUCGGAUACAGUUCCAAACGCACGAGUGUCAGCAGCGUAUCCAGUACAGGAAGCAACAGUCGGGCCAGUUCCAGCGCUGGCAGAAGGCAGGACAGCCCCAACAUCAUCGGAGGAACUCCUGUCAAUGAUAUUCGAAGGGAAGGUUCUAGUCAUAGUUUAGAGCGACCUAGAACAAAGAUCAAAGUUUCAGGAGGAACGCAAACCACCACCAACGAUCUUCCAUAUAUGCCUGGGUCAGCGCACAACUCCAGUGUACAUUCAGAUGGAGAGUACUCGUCAAAUUCUCUUGGUAGAAAAUACCAAGUUAAAUCAUAUUCACUGAACGGUCCGACCGCCGCCCAAUUAUCACAGAACGUCCGGGAACGUAUCAUGCAGUCCCCGUACGGCAAAGUCCAUAUGGGACCGGAAUACAGUCCUGUAAGUAACCCAUUUGCAGCGCCGUAUUACCGAGAGAGAAGUCCCCGUAUAAAACCUACAGACGGGUCCUUAAGCGAUUCCCCGUAUGCUAACUACACCGACCUUCAAUACACCACAAGUCCGUACAGCAGUCCUUACAUGUGGGCUGGAGCUAGAGGCAACUACCCCGGCUCUGUAGCAUCUGCACCCAACAGGGGAGGUUCUAUGACCGAGGCUGAGAGCCUGGAGAGCGUCAACAGCAGCACGGCGAGUUUAGGUCUUGCGCGCGCCGGCGUAUCAAGCCUUACGCAGGCGCGGCUACUGCGUCACCAGCGCGACAUUACGCAGCACCAGCCUCAGCCUCAGCCUCAACAGCCUCCUCCUCUGCUCAGGUCUAACAGCGUCAGCCACCUCAUUGAGAGGACCUAUCCUAGGUCCACAAAAUCUGAGAAAAUAUAUUCGACCAACACUUCACCUGCGACUCUCGAGAGCCACGUUGUGGACGGUUCAAUGAACAUUCGGGGACUGCCCGUAGACAAGGGGGCGUAUAUUACGUCCCAGCCCACAAGUCCCACUCCCCCUUACUGCGGGACCAGUCCCAGAAUCCCGAUGUCCCCGUUGAAUUCGACCCGCGGGUCACCAUACUACGCUGGACCUGUGAUGCGCGGCAAGGAGGAAGAUUGCAAUGGGUCAUCGUUGUCAUUGGUAUCGUCCUCGUCUUCGCUGUACAGCGGCCAGGAAGACAAGCAUUCCCUCGAGGUGCUGCGGCUGAGGAAGGACCUCGCUGAGGCGCAGGACAGAGUCCACACCCUCGCCUCCCAACUCUCGACAAACGCGCACGUGGUGGCAGCCUUCGAACACAGCCUCACUAACAUGACCAACAGACUACAGAAGCUCUCUGCCACGUCUGAACGAAAGGAUUCGGAACUUUUGGAACUCCGUAAAACUAUCGAGGCCUUGCGACAGCAGAGCAUUGAUGCUGGCCUCACAGCAGCCUGCAUUCAGAGUAUGUCUUCUGACUCUGCAAAAUCUCAACAUUCACUUCACAAAACUCCAUCCAAAACUUCUCGUCACCAACAAUCAAGUCAUCACACAUUGGCUGAUAUUUCAGAGAAGCCUUUGCCCGAUGACCAAUCGAAAUCUUUCACUCAAGCUUCUCCAGACAAGCCAAUCAUUCCACUGAAUAGACAAAGUUUACCGUCGCAACACUUGCUGUCAAACCAUCUACACACUCAUGCUCAUGAGAACGGUCUCUAUACGCUGUCAAAAAAUGAUGGCAUUCCUCAAAUUUUGGCUAAGCCUCAGCUUCAUCCGUGCUCACCCAACGCUGCUUCUUCGUGUUCAUCAUCAGUGUGUCAACCAACAAAACCAUCAUCAUCCACUUCUGCCUGCUCGCCUCAUCCGUCGCCUCACCCUUCCCCUCUAAACUCACCCCGUAAUGGUCCUCAGCAUAAUAACCCUAACUCUUCCUCCCCUCCAAUAUCUCCUUUUCACUGCAGCCAUAUCCUCCCUAAAGGAGUUAUUAACAAUGGCAAUUCCAUGCCUAAACAGAGUUUAUCAGGACCCACCAUUAGUCCUCUGGAAAACCCUGCUUUAAUUGCAAAUCAAAAAGUCGAUGCAAACUCUAACAGCAGACCUGAGCAAUGUCCCUCUGCUUACAUCACGCCUUUCGUUGUUGAUGCCGCUAGACGCCAUACCUUCACAGGCACUGUCCUAAACAAUGCAUCGUUUGACGUUUCCCCAGCUGAUCCAUACGUGUCACCUUACCAUGUGUCGACGGACGCAUCUGAGUCCAAUAUUAACCCCUCCUUGCCUACCUCACAUGGCUUCUGUGAUGUUUCCUCUCCUGCACUUGGUGUUCGUAACCAUUUGGUGGCAGUCAAAACUGAAUCCUCUGUCACCAAUGAGACGGGUCAUACCAAUGGUAACGUGAUUACCUCUCUGCCCGGUAGCAAUGGUUCAGCUAAUACGGGUAGCAGGGAUAUUAGGAAUGGUGGGCAGCUGGUGCGAGGUACGUCAAUGGAGUCCGUGUCCAGUUUGUCGUCCGCGUGUUCCGCAACUUCCCAUACUUCCGGACAGGAGCGAAGCGACAGCGGAAAGUCCUCUUCGUUCACUGGCUCCGGCAAGAAGAAGGGAUGGUUGAGGUCAUCGUUUACGAAAGCUUUUUCUCGAGGCCACAAGAAGUCGAGCGCUGGAAACGGUCACCUGGUAAAAGAAGCUAGCAUCACCUCCACAGGGUCGCAGUCCAACGGCACUGUCGAACGCAGGGAAUCUGCUUCUGAUUUGGAAUCCAGACGGGAAAGUUGUUCGGUUCCAAACUCUCCUCUCACUUGCCGGAACGGAUCCAAAACCAAGAAUGGCAGCAACCGACACUCGUCUAACAGCCACGAGUACGUCGAUCCAGAGGAAGUUGAGAUGCUAGAGGAACAGCUACGAGAACAAGACAUGGCGCUUACUGACAUCAGACUCGAAGCUCUGACUUCUGCUCACCAACUCGAGUCUUUAAAGGAAACCAUUACAAAGAUGCGAUGUGAAAUGAUUUCGCUCAAGCAGGAUAACGAGAGAUUGCAGAAAAUAGUAGCGUCUAAAAGCCUUACGUCGUCUCAAAGUUCAUUACCGACAUCUGAACCUUGUGGUCCAAGACUCAGUAGUUUAAUAGAUGAUACAAUAGCUUUACCUGACGCUGGGGACUUGUUGCUGUUGCAUCCGUUGGACAAAGAUGGCAAAAAAGUGAACAUUGCAGUGUUUCUGGGAUGUCACGGCGAUUAUAGUAAAUACAUUCAACCUGUGGAUGGCUGCAGUACGAGCGAAUGCGUCAUUGGGGCGAUAUCUAUCAGCAACAAAAGUAAAUGGGACAUUCUCGACGGGCUUGUUAAACGAAUUUUCAAAGAAUAUUUACUAAGAGUUGACCCUACUUCUGGGUUAGGCUUGAGCUCAGACUCUGUAGUUAGUUAUCAUCUUGGGGAGGCCAUCCGAAGCAAGGAAGUCAAUUUACCGGAGCUGCUGCCUUGCGGAUACCUAGUAGGAGAAGUUCAGAACAUAAAGAUUGUUCUGAGAGGAGCUUCUACCAACGCGGUCGACGCUCUCGCGUUCGAAACGUUGAUACCGAAAUCCAUUAUUCAGAGAUACGUGUCUCUUUUAACUGAACACCGACGAAUUAUUUUAUGUGGACCGCCAGGCACCGGGAAAACAUACCUCGCUCAAAAACUUGCAGAGUUUUUGGUCAGCAGACUCGGCAAGGACCCUACUCCUGGCAGCGUGGCCACCUUCAAUGUGGACCCAGAAAACAGCAAGGACUUGGGCUCCUACUUAUCUCACAUUAGCGAACAAUGCGAGAACACCAACAAUGACCUCCCGCUGGUCAUAAUCCUCGAUAACCUUCAUCACGCUGGCGCCCUGACCGACGUUUUCAACGGCUUUCUAAGUGCAAAAUACACGCAAUGUCCUUAUAUCAUCGGCACCAUGAACCAGGCUACGUCGUGUUCCACUACAAACUUACAACUACAUCAUAACUUCAGAUGGGUUCUGAUGGCGAAUCACAUGGAGCCUGUCAAGGGGGUUCUCAGUCGCGUGGUUCGUCGUCGUCUCACGCACGCUGAAGUGGAGGCUGGCACAAGACUACCUCGUCUGCAACAUGUCCUGGACUGGCUGCCUAAAUGCUGGACUCACAUUAACAAGUUCUUAGAAACUCAUUCUUCUUCUGAUGUUACUUUAGGCCCGCGGUUGUUCCUGUCAUGUCCCGGCAGCGUGGAGGACUCGCAGGUUUGGUUCACGGACUUGUGGAACUAUUCACUCAUCCCGUACCUGCAGGAGGCUGUUAGGGAGGGACUGCAACUUUACGGCAAAAGGACAUCGUGGGAGGACCCGUGCGCGUGGCUGCUGGAGACGUACCCGUGGCCGGAGAGCUCCCACACGAGGGCCUCUGCGUUGACGCCGCUGCUUCCCUCGGACGUCGGCUACGACCAAGCGACCGCCCUCACGCCCGGCGCCCCUGACGCCAAACACGAUGCCGACCAGGACGCUGACCCUCUUUUCAACAUGCUGCUGAGACUGCAGGAAGCGGCCAACUAUUCAGCACCGACGCAGGACUCGUCCACCCCCACCACCGCUGUCGCUCUCGAGAAUAUCGACUCUGCCUUAGAAUCAACACUUUAAAUUUAUUUGUCAGCGUAAUUAAUUUCAGUGAAGCCUUUGGCGUUUAAAUUGCAAUCUCACGACAUCAAUAUUGAUAAGUUGAAUGAUCUCUUAAAUUUAUUCUAAUUUUGUGUUUACAACUGUGUAAAAUUGUAUAACUAUCUUGUCUUCCCUUCUCUUACAACCACUACAAAAGUUCGUGUCGUGGCAGUUCUCAUCAGAAAGGGCCAUUAGAAGUGCGUCAGUGUCGUGGCAGUACUCAUCAGCAUGGUGAGUUCCACCAUGCUGAUUGACCCACGUAGACUCACGGUAGAGCCACAUAGACCCAAACAAGGUAGACCCACGAGAAGUUCCACCUUUCAGUUCAGCUUUCUUGUUGCCGCACUGUGAUCGAGAAACGUAAUCUAACCCAUCAUUCCCAUGACGGAUUGGUUGACUGGUUUGA